AUGUGUUCCAUCGAUGUUGCUGCUUCUUCUGUUUCCAGUAAGUACUCUGCUACAGACGUUCUGAAGAAUCGAGUAGGAGUUUACAUGGAGACGACAAAGAAGUUUUUAGGGUUGACAUGUCAGAAAAUUUUGAAAGUGGGUCGAGAUGAUCCACGAAGGGCAAUUCAUUCAGUAAAAGUUGGAUUAUCACUCACUUUGGUUUCUUUGCUAUAUCUUUUAGAGCCUUUGUUCAAUGGGAUCGGGCAGAACGCCAUUUGGGCUGUCAUGACUGUUGUGGUUGUGCUUGAGUUCACUGCAGGAUUGAAUAGAGGUCUUGGAACACUGUUGGCAGGAUCAUUGGCUUUCUUAUUCGAGUAUAUCGCUAGAGAAACUGGGAAGGUUUUUUGUGCCAUUUUCAUAGGAGCUUUGGUCUUUUUGAUAGGAGCUAUGAGUACGUAUUUGAGGUUUUUUCCAACAGUAAAAAAAAAUUAUGACUACGGUGUCAUUAUAUUCCUCUUGACAUUUAAUUUAAUUACUAUUUCAAGUUAUCGUGUUGAAGACGUGCUAAAGAUAGCUCGUGAGCGACUCUACACCAUGGCUAUUGGAUCUGGGGUUUGCAUUGUCAUGAGCCUUUUUUAUCUUCCCGAACUGGUCAGGAGAAAAUCUUCAUAA